AUGACUCAAAAUGGGAGACUAGUAUCUGUCGAAUCACGAACAAGACGUCGGAAGAGAACCGGUCUAUCGCAAUGGAUGUGCCGCUUUAGAAGAACAGAGUCUUCAGCCAUUGUCAUUUCAGACUUCAGUGAUGGCGAAGAAGCAGGGGAUGCGUCUAGUGCUUUCGAAUCGACGGAAUGUGAUGGUUCAGUCGCAUCAGAGGGUGGGUACAAACGGAACUGUAGGGACAGUCGUUGCCCGAUUGAAGUGAUGCCUUUCAAGAGGAUGUACUUCAAUGACUUUCCUUGUGAUGGAAAAGUAGAUGACCAGUAUCAGUCUGUCAGCGACAAAGAAGAUGGAUUGGAAAAUGGCAAUACAAUAUGCAAUCCAUGUAAAUCAGUCGAGGAUGGUAUUCAAGGAAGCACUAUAAAAUGUAUGGCACUGACUAAAAGGGGCAAUCCGUGCAUGCACCUUGCGAUUGACGGCUCUUUUUUCUGCACUCGACAUGAUAACUACGGCUCCAAAGUAAAAAAAAUAGUACAGAAACGACUGAACGAAGAUGAAAAGAUGAAUUGUAUGGAUAUCCCGUUUACCGUGGGAAGAGGGCAAUAUAGGUGUAUUGGACUAAACAACAGAGGUGAAUUGUGCGGAAACCAAUCUGUCAAUGACACAGUAUACUGUUACACCCAUGCAGAGGUUGUAUAUGAGGUUAGUGGAGGGGCUACAGCGCAGACCGAGCCGGAUAGCUCGACCGAUGAUAGGAGUGCAGCAUCGAGUACAAAGAGCUGUUCCACCGUUUCUGACGAGGAAGCAAUUGACAGCGGUCCCAGGCCUUACAAAUACAGAGAGUUUAUUCAAAUGUGGACAGAUGGCGAAGAGUACUUUGGCGAGGGAACAGAUGAAAUAGAAAGUACUCGUCGUGUUCGUGGAGCAAAUAGUCGAGUGUCCCCUGAAGAUACAGAUGGACAAUUGAAGGCGCAAUACGGAAGACUCUUACCAAGUGCCAUGAAGAUUUUGAUGUCGAAAGUCCUGCAGUUGAGGAGAGAAGAUGUCUUCCUUGACAUUGGUCAUGGUAUUGGCAAUGCGUGCAUACAGGCAGCUUUCACUUUUGGAUGUGAAGCACGAGGGAUUGAAGUUGUUGCCGAUCGAAACUCGGUUGCAGAGGUAUUUCGAGAUCAUUUGGAGUCUCAGGCCAAGGGAAACGAGACUGAUCGCGUUGUCGGUGACAUCCACCUGAAACAUGGUCGCUUGGAAGACAUUGAACACCGAGAAUUUCUCACUCAAGGAGUAACGCGAGCCUAUGUUAACAACUUCAAUGGUGUUUUUGCUGAUAGGUCGUCCAAGGGUAACCAAAAGUGGUAUUUGGAUGAUUAUGUCGCCGGACUAUUUGCAUUAAUGAAGCCAGGAACACUGAUGAUAACUCUUCAUCCUCUUAAUCUUGGGCCUACCAGAAAGGAAGCAAAUGAUAGUAGAAAGAAGCAGGGUUUGAGCAAAAGUGAUAACGCAUCGUUUUACGAGGUUGAGCGACUCCUUUUGGGGAAAGCAUGUGACACAGUGAAAUGGACACAGAAGUCUGGAAACCGCAACAAUAUCUAUAUCUACAAGCAUACUCGUCUAGAGCAAGAGUCUGAAGAAUCUGUUUUUCUAUGUUGCAACCCAUCUUGGUGGUUAUGA